GAGAAGGGGAUAACUCGGCUAACUCGACGUUGACUCUACUCUCCUACUCGAUGGCCUGUGGCUAUGGCUGCUGCGAACGAGGUUUUGUUUUGGUCUGGCAGCGUGCUGUGCGGUAAAAGGAAUUUUGAUUCCGCAGAUAUCGAAUCUUUACCCAUUACAGCAUGGCUCGUAAACCGUUUAAGGUUGUGCCGUGGUACAACAGGCGUGAAUGGGAGCGCGUGUACAAAAACAUCUUCAGUGGAAAUUAUACCGACAUGCAGUGGGCUCUCAACAGGAUAGCAGUAUGGAAAAGCAGGUCAGAAUGUGGACUACCUGGAGCUCUUGAAGCUACUGCUGCUCUGCUUAGAGCUCAGCUGUGGAAAGAACGGCACACAAACGAUGAUCCAGCUCUGUCAUCUCAUGCUGACUUGGAACCACAGUAUGGCAUAGCACUUGUCAAGUUUGUGAGUGAAAUUAUUGAACCUGAACAGCUCAGGUUGGGCUGUGGAAUGAGAGAAGCGGGCUUAAGUCUAGGAAUUCCAGACUGGAUUGUGGACCUUCGGAAUGAAACGGCCCAUGCUUCGAGCAGGGCCCUUAUAGACGUAUUACACUCUGCAUCGAUCCUACUCCUGCGCUGGCUUCGCCAGCAUUACUGGGAGCAAGUACGUCGUUCGUUUAAAGAGAGAGAAAUCCCCAGCAUAGCGCCUCCUUUGGAGGUGCCAGCAUCUGAGACGUUUGUCUACUCGUUGCUGACCCAGUAUCGAGAUGCCAGCUUGCAGAUGUAUUCACAUGGUCAUAAAAAGAAAAAUAAGACAUUUAGGGAGGCUUUGUGCUCGCUGCUCUCCCAAAUUUCUGCUGUUCUCCCAAACAUGUGUGAUGAAGUCAUAAAGUAUCUGAUCACCUCAGACUUCCUUUUGCAAGAAGAAGCAGCUGAUUUGUGUAUGGUGGAGACAGCCAAGGAGUUCCAUACCAAAUCUGCUCAGUGUUCAUUGCCAUCAUGCCUGAGACACACUUGGAGUCCCUUAGUGACUUUGCUAAGAAGUGACAUUCAGUACUUGGCAGAAGGCCUCGUGAAGGUUGAGUAUGACGAACAAAAGUCUGUCACCCAGAAGUAUCUGGCUGCAGCAUGGUUGCUGUACCUGCUCAACUCAUCGGACAACAGCAAUCUCCUAGAAGGUGACCUCUCGUUUGACCAUAUGCCUCUGAAAUCUCACCUAAACAUCCCCAAGUUGCUAAAGCUAGCAGUAAAACACACUGGUUGCUAUACCAUGCACAUGGUGAAAGGACUUGUGGCGCAUAUGGUCCCACCGCUGUCGGAGAAGGAGCAAUAUAACCUAUUCGCAUUGGUGGCGAUUCAAUCUGGAUCAGUUACAGAUGAAGAGAAGCUGGUUGCUGUUGAGCAUAACCUUGAUGAUUACAUUUAUACACCUGAAGACCUUCUCGAAAUAGACUCUAAAGAAGAAAAAUCUGCUACAGAGUCCAAGUGGAAAUUGUAUUCAGGAUCUAUCGAUUGGGAAGAAAUUCCUGUGGGUGCAGUCCCAGGUUGCCAGGAUGAUACUCCGAACCUCAGUUUGAAUUUCAAGGAGCUAAGGCCUGUCAGGCAGCAGACAAAUGUUAUGGAGUCGACGUUACAAAGUACGAUAUGCAACAAGGACCCAACUGCAAUGGAAUGUGAAGGCACAUUUGAUUCAGAUUGUAAAUCGCAGCAGUUGCUAGAAUGUGUUCAUAAUAUGAUGCGGGUGUUUGUAUAAGCUCCUGAUGUCAUAUUCGACCAAUAAAUAAUGUACAAUGAUACCA